AUGCUUGGACAGGUUAGGACAAAUAAUUCUACCCUGAAAGCUAACCUGGAGCAGUACGCGGCUAACAGCAGCGCAAACGCGAAGCUCAAGACGUUUUUAGCUAAGAACGAAGGCGAACAUGAUUUAGAUUCAAAAACAAACAGCACCGUGAACGCGAAUAAGAAAAUCACUAGGUUUGGGAAGACUCAGUUUGACACUUAUCGUAACAAUCCGGCGGCUACGUCUAUUUCGGAUAUUCACGAAAUAAAGAAUGUAAACCCUUUCGUAGAAGACUUUGUGGCCGCCAGAAUGAAAGUAAGCAUGAGACCUCCUAGAAUGGUAAGAUUUGGAUCGAAUCAAACAAAGUUCUUUGAUGACGACUCUGUUUUAGGUUAUUCGAACAAAAAACGUUGUUUGGGGCUUGACGAAUCAGAUUCAAUCUUGGUGGUCAAAGAACAGGACCCAAAAUAUUUGGAAGAAGACUCUCAUUCGGCUUGGGAGGAAAACAUAGUCAUCAAAAAUCCAAUUGUAUUGGAGGGAAUGUUACGUUGUUGGGAUGCAUGCGGUAUUCCAGAAGCUGAAUUCGAUUCUGAAGACCUGAUUAUGACUGUACAAAAGCUAAGCUAUGGAAUACUCCAAGCUUUGGCCAAUCAAGGUGCUAUCAAUAAACUCGUCAAGCAAAUCGAAAUUGCCGAAAUCACUGAUGAUUUUGAAGAGUGCUGGCUUGAACUAUUAGAAUCAUUGCAGUUAGAAGACACUGUCGAGUCUAUGGAAAAAGACAUGUUUGAACAACGGACGAUAAUUACCGAGCAAGAAAGUCGCAUAAUUUUCUUGGAAAAUCGGGUACUGACAUUAGAAUCGCAGUUAGAAGAUCAAGUGGUCUUGAAACAGGAAUGCGAUAGAAACAUUGCUGAUGCUCAAGAAGCAAGGAAGAUGUACGAGGAUCAAAGCAUCAAGUACCAAGAAACUUCUGCAAAAGCAAAUAGACUACAACUUGACUUGGAAGAAAAGACAAUAAAGAAUGAAGUAUUGCUUAAGGAAAAUUCUGGAAUAAGGACAGAACUAAACAAUCGAGAAGCUCAGUUGAAAGAUCGUGAAAUCCAAUUGAAGCGUCUACAGAAAAACAUGAUCAGUGAGCAAAGGGAAGCCAUACAAGCUUUGGAUAUAAGCAAGCACCAAUGUAGCCAGCUAAAGGUAAAGUGCGAGCAUGUUGAGAAAAUAUGGAAGCGAAAUUACUCUUUGAUGGCUCAAGAGUGUGAAGAGCAAAAUCAACAAUUCCAAAACAUGAGAAAGGACUUACAAAAAACUAAAGAGGACAUGGAGCGGUACAAGUUGAGAGCAGCCGACUCCAUAGUUGCUUUGCAUGCCGCUGGGGAACAAAUUCGAUCUUUGGAGCUUCAAAACAAAGGAUCAAAAGAUAGAGUAUCUCUCAUAUCAACACAAUUGGACACUUUGCUAGAAUUCAAGCAAAAAGCUAAAGCCAAAAUAAUCUCGCUAAGAGGUUCGAAGCAGGAGAUCAAAAAACUUAACAAACAAAUGCAGCACAUCGAUCUACUCCUCAGAACCCAGAUCAACGAUGCCAUAGAUAGGUAUGAAAUCAAGGAAACUGAAAAUCAACAAUUACUGAAAGAACUAGAAGAGUCCAAAAGGCUUGUGCAAGAGACACGAAAAGCAUUCCAGCCACCAAUUUCACCGCUCGGUCACAAAAGUUUGAGAAAGCAAAGACCGUUGCGAGUAAUGACCAAUCAUAUAAAUGCUUACUAG